AUGGCUUCCACAGGGGCAUUAUGGUGGAUGACACCUCUCCAAGCAAUCGCAGCCGUGAGCGCUGGCGUCAACUGCGGUACGUGAUCCCAUCCCUUCUCACCGAAUGCCAUCGAGACUCCCUCUCCUGACACACGCCCACCAGGCGCCUCGGGCCUGCAAUCCGUCAUGGUCUUCCCUCUCCUCGAACUCCCCGAAGUCCCAGCCAUCUACUCCGCCAAACAGAUGCGCUGGCUGCUCCACUGGUCCGACCGUCUCUUCCCACGCGUCAACGCCCUCUCCGAAAUCCUCAACCUCUCCACCACCAUCAUCGCCUUCCUCAAGCGCCACGAGAACCGCGCCGCGGCGGAGAAGUGGCCUUUCCUUGCGGCGGCGUUCGCCUUGAACGUCGCGACGACGGCUUGGAGUUUGGGGAUUCAGGUUCCGAUGAAUGGCGGGAUGAGAGAGUGCGCGAGGAACUUGGAGAACAAGAAUGGCGAUGAUGAGAAGAGUGAGAAGGAAUUCAGGAGAUUGCAGGCGAGGUGGAAGCCGAGAGCUUUGGGUAAGUGUUCACAACAAGGUCUCUCUUGGCGACAGGGAAGGAGAACGCUAACAGAAUCGUAGUUCGUGCCUCGAUGAUGCUGGCUUCUUGCGUGGUCGGGUUGUACACCGUGUACCUCGACGGCAAGUACAUCUAA